GUUCACGAUCGCAGAGUGGCAACUAGCACUGCGAGCAGGAGGCAAACCGAAGGAGAUGGCCUCGAUCGAGGAGAUAGCAGGAUGACGGGAACGAGCGCUGGUGCUCUCACAGACCACUAAUGGAAGCGUGGAGUCCGGCAGAGGGCGACUCAGGGCGUCGGGAGAUGACUGGCCCGAGCGCAGCGUAGCACGCAACCUACAGGUUCAGAAGAAGCAGAGAAGAGAAAUUCGUGGCUCUGAGUGAACCAGACAAGGGUAUGAGAAUCAGGUGAUGCAGGGCCAAAUAUCACAUGGCUGGCGUUGUCAGGCUUAGCCCCAUGCUUUGGAGCUCUCGCAGGUACAGGACAGGUAGAUGUAAGAAUUUCCGGAGCGCGAGCAUUGAUAAAAGCCUGGUGCACCCCACCAAAUCCAGCAGAUGCAAUUGGAGCCACGAGAGCGCGCACCCAAUCCUUCGGGCCUCCACAACGCUCCAAACUUACUAUCCUCCACUCCGGCGCCCUGGCCAUUGGGCUGCGCAGGCUCGGGGCUCGUACGGCCGGGCCCGGGGCCGCGCAGCGCCACGAGAUGGCCGAGAGGGUCUUGUGGUCCUCCGCGCUCGGGCCAGCCGGAGGAGAAUUUCGUUCGCCCAUACGUCAUACUGGUAUGGUCAAAUGGAGUCCGUCGCCUGCUGUCCAUCCGUUCGCCGUGGACCCCAGCCGAGUGGAUGGCUUCGAUGGUCAGCAGCGGGCAAGGUGGAUCUGGCACGGCGAGAAGGCGGGGGCGCGUCCGGAGAGGAAUUUUGGCGGACGGGCAGCGCGGGGGUUGACGGACGGGGUGACGGGCGGAUCUCGCAGACGACGGAGAGCGAGCAAAAUGAUACCGCAGGCUCGGAGCACCCUCCUUCGGAGCCACAUGCUGCGAUCCGGUGGUCCGCGUGGCAGCAUAUGUAGCGGGUGCCACAGGCGCCAGCCGAGGUGGCGCGGAUUGGCUGCCCCGCGGCACGUGUCGCGCUCCGAGGAAACUUCAGGGUGACAUUUUCACCGUCGGGCUUGGGGAUCGCGGGUUCGUGGCGCCCACACGUGCCUUCUCGAGUUGUCGAGCUCGCGGGCUCACAUGGUCGUCACGGCCUCUCGCUGCGCAGCAACGGGUGGCUUGGAACUAUUGCGGGUCACCUGACGUGGCUGAGUUCUCGAGCUCAGCUUACCAAAGGUCCCCAUCUAAUCGUCGAUGAUGAUGAUGAUGGUGGUGGUGGUGGUGCACAGCACCCCAGGGCAUGGCUCUCGUCCCCUCCCCUCCCAUUCCAUGGAUGCUCUCGAUGAUCAUGUGCCAUGCCUAGCCAUGUACCGCUCUCCCCUCGGCACCAUCGUCGACCCCGCGCGCGAUCCACUAGCAAACACGGCCGAUUUCGACCCGCACCAGGAGCGUCGGACGCAGCCAUUCUCCGACUGAGCGCAGCAGCGCCAGCGCCAUCGCGCCCCCAUCG